CAGCAACUUGAAGCACAAAAUGAAAGGAGACAUUUUCAAACAUCUGAUUUCUUUAGUAAACAGUCUGAUUUCGUAAAAGUUACUCUUGUUUUAAUUGUUGUGAAUCUUUACUUUUAUAUUGAUGGCAUCUAAAAGAGUUGUUAUUACUGGAUUAGGAAUAGUUAGCCCAAUCGGUGUUGGAGUUGGACCUUCAUGGGCAAAUCUUUUAUGUGGAAAAUCUGGCGUCUCUAAAAUCAGAGGCUCUGGAUAUGAAAAUUUACCAUGCCAAAUUGCAGCUCAUGUUCCUGAUGAACUCAAAUUGAGUGAAAAAUUUUCAUCUUCCGAUAUAAGAAAAAUGUCAACCUCAACUCUAUUUGCAUUAAUUGCAGCUGAAGAAGCCAUUCAAUCAUCGAAAUUGGAGUUAGAUUCUCUGAAUCGCCAGCGAAUUGGUGUUACCAUAGGAAAUGGCAUGUGUAAUAUUGAUGACAUUUACGAGCAAGUUAAAGUAUUCAAGGAUCGAGGUUACAAUAGAUUUAAUCCUCAUUUCUUAACCAGAAUGUUGAUAAACAUGCCUGCUGGUUUUGUAUCAAUUAAAUUUGGUCUGAAAGGUCCAAACCAUUGUGUAUCAACAGCAUGUACAACAGGUUUACAUGCUUUAGGAGAUGCUUACAAUUUUAUACAAAGAGGAUCAGCUGAUGUUAUGGUUGCCGGUGGAACUGAAGCUGUUAUUGGUCCUGCGAGUAUUGCAGCCUUUUCUCGUAUCAGAGCUUUAUCCUGUAAUUUUAAUGAUGAACCAAGCAAAGCUUCAAGACCAUUUGAUAAUCUUCGGGACGGCUUUGUCAUGGGCGAAGGAGCUGGUUUAAUGGUUGUUGAAGAACUGAAUCAUGCUCUUUCUCGUAAAGCUCCAAUUCUAGGAGAAAUACUUGGCUAUGGAUUAUCUGGUGACGCUUUUCACAUAACAUCGCCUCCAGAUGACGGAUCAGGUGCUUACAAUUGUAUGAAAUCAGCUUUAGAAGAUGCUUCAAUCAAUCCAAAUCAAAUUGGUCACAUUAACUGCCAUGCAACCUCAACACCUCAAGGAGAUGUUGCUGAGCUUGAAGCUAUCAAGAAACUAUUCGGACCUCAUGCAAACCAAAUUGCAAUCACUAGUACUAAAGGGGCAACCGGACAUUUAUUAGGAGCUGCUGGCAGCGUUGAAGCAAUAUUCACUUGUUUAGCUGCCAACAAAGGAGUCAUUCCACCAACAAUUAAUCUAAACGACCCAUUAAAUAAAGAUUUAAAUUUAAUAGCUAAUAAACCUGUUAAUUGGGACAAUGCUGCUUCACAGAAUAAUAGACGGAUUGCUUUAACAAAUUCAUUCGGUUUCGGUGGUACAAACGGAUCUCUAGUUAUAGCUAAUUAUGUUAACUGAACUUUUCUACGUUUUCAUUUGUACAGAUAAUUCCCUUUCAUUAUACUGUUGUGCACAUUAAAUCAACUCUAGAUUGUAAAUUUGAUAAUUCGUGACUUUGAACUUGAACCCUGUUUCGAAUACCAAGAUAAGUUAAAGACAAGAACA